AUGUUUAAAAAAUUGUUUAAAUUCUUGUACAAUCAGAAGAAAAGUGAGCGUGCCGAAAAACCACCGAAAGCAUAUGUCGAGAGAAUCAAACGAUCAUCAGAUUUCCUUGAAACAACAUCAAUCGAUGUUACUGAUUCCGGAUCAUCUCUAGAACCGCUUAUUGAAGUUUCUAGACGUCAAAGUAUGAUUGAAGAUCACGAAUUUGAAAAGGUGCAGAAAACAGUAAUGUUUUCAAAUGUGAAACAAAUCGAAAUAAAUUGA